AUGAAAAGACAACGCACAUUGAAAGCCGCGAUUGUGGCUGUCCUUUUUGUCCUGACUCUGUGGGGAAUUGCUCCGAGUGGCAUACUGCGGCGAAGAGAAUCUGAGAAGCUCGAGGCUGGUUGGGAAGAUUUCCAGGGACGGUUAGGAAGGGGAUGGGACGACAGUGAUUUUGCUGUGGGCUUUCAUCUGGGACACUCAUACUUAACAGCUGUCGCUUGGCUUCGAAAUGGAACGACUAUGAACUUGGCCAAAGUCGACGGAAGCCUAGAGUACAAGCUGGCCAUGGAAGCUGCGAUAAAUGGUCAAGCGGUUUUGCCCUCGUAUGAGGAAGCGCUUGCUGAAAACAUUGACAAGCUUGCAGAUAUGUCCGAGUCUCGGCUAGGGGAGCCCAUUCGGGACUUUCAGCUGGCGGCUCCCUGGCUCGAGAUAUUCAGUUAUCCCACGCAGGGAGACGACGUCUUCACACGAGCGCUCCGAUUGACGCGAGCUGCGGCAAAUCGACCUCCAGAAGUCCUGCAUGUGAGCGAGGCCGUCGCGGUCAAUGUUGCCAACGGCCGCCAGCAUUGCAAAGAAUCCUACUGCGUUGGCGCUGGACACUGGGGCUCGUUUCGCCGCCUCUGUUACAUUAGUUUAACAAACGACGCUCUCUACUCUUCGGCGCAAUCAGACAGCUGUCUCCAUCUCUCCUGGGGCGCCAGAGCUCAAAUAGACACAGAAGCGGGCUUGAACAUGCUGGAUGGCCGAAACCCAGACACGUACUGGGCGCAUCUUCAGCAGCAAAUGAGCGUUACCGUCAGACACUGUAUCGGAGGGCCGUGUCUGCCGACGACGAUACUCGCAAGCGGCGAAGCAGUGACGAACCCAAAGGUUCUGUCCAUACUACAAGCGGUGACUCGCGGCGCACAAGCCCACUGCGAUGAGCACCCGCCGGAGCCUUACACGAACAACCGUGGUGAGCUCGAGCCAAAGCCGACGGUGCAGUUGCUCGUUUCCGAAGAUGCGGUGUUUGCAGCAGCCAAAGGGGCGGCGUUCAGUAUGAGUCGGCACUGUUGGAAUUACUGCGAAAGUGUCAACAUAACUGAAGCGAACAAUGUUUAUUGGAAUCCGGAUUACGACGAUGGUGGCUAUUGGAAUCCAGUUAAAAAAACAGGUCCCGAGAUGUAUUGA